AUGAAGCUACGGUCAAGAUCUAAGGUAGGCGGUGAAGGGGGUGAAGGGGAACAACCCCAGUCACCAGCCACAGCCAUCGCCACAUCCCCCAUCAGCACGGAAGGAGACAAACACCAACAGGAAGACUCCGAGCAUGCAUCUAGCUCACAGUCUACCGUCACACUAGAAGGAGAUUCCCCUCCUGUGACAAGUCAAGUGAAGGCUGGGGUGGAAGAAGCUAACAAGAAGAAGAAGAAAAAGAAGAAGAAAAAGGCCAAAAGAUCAAAGAAGAAUAAACAAACAAAGCCAGAGCUCGAAGUCAACGAGCCUCAGCCAGCUCCUCCAGUCCCCACCAAUCAAGGACAACAUAGUUACAACCUUAGACAGAGCGCAAGCAAAGUCGACCUCGACCAGGUUUCCAAGUGGAAAGCUCUUCGACGUGACAAGACAAGCACGCGCGAAGGAUCAGCUUCUAGCUCCCAAACAGAACCAUCUCAGUCACUCGGCAUGUCUCGCAAUCGUCCUCGUGGCCCCCCUACUAACAGGGACAAUGGUAUUGCUGCCAAUGAGGAGAUUGACAUGUGGAACAAGAUCAUUCAAGACAUUCGCAAAGCCAAGGAGAAGAACGACAAGCAAAAGACCAUAGCUGAACUGAUUUCUGCUCUCAAUGAGAAGAUUGCUCGUGAGGGCAACAAACCAACACUUGUCGAAAUCAAUCAACUCGACAGCUGGUACCGUCAGGUUUUAAAACUGAGCGAAGAGGAGAAGGCCAUUCUUCUGGAAGAGCCUAGUGAUGUGAUCAAAAAUCUGGGCUUGCUGACUGCUCUCCGCUCCGCAUCGGAAGCAGAGACUACCAUCAGUCGAGCAGCCUCACUACCCAAGUCUAACAAACUCAAUCGGGUCAAGGGAAGCACUCAGCGUAGCUCCAGCGUGUCGAGUUCAGGUCAUGCCAAAGAUAGUCGUGACUCUGUUUCUGUCAAGUUGGAAGAAGUCGCUGAGGGUGCUGCCAAGGGAACCAUUGCAGAACGUAAUGGACAAUUUGUCAUUGGUGCCGAGGUGGUAUACAAACACAAGAGCAAGCAGGGUGCUGAGGGCGAGGGCAUCCAGUGCAUCAUCAAGAACAUCUAUGGCGAUGGUUACAAGAAGAAAUACGAUGUGCAAGACCCAGAGCCCAACGAGAAUGGUGAAGAAGGAGCUAUCUACAAGACUACGGCCGCGUGGUUGAUCCCCAUUCCUCAGAUUGGCUCUGCUUUGCCUUCAUUCCCGGUCGGAAAACAAGUCCUUGCUCGUUAUCCCGACACUACGACUUUCUAUCGUGCUGAAGUCAUGGGUACCAAGAAGGAUGUGUACCGCCUCAAGUUCGAGGGUGAGGAGGACGACAAGGAGAUGGAAGUGGAUCGACGCUUCGUCCUUGACAUUCCUUCCAAGUAG